AUGCUACCCCGUUGGGUGUUUAUCGCACUUUUCCAGGGUGCCUGGGCCAACGGUUCAACGGAGCGGUGUGUGACGACUGUCUUCUCAGCAUACAACUAUAUCUCAUUUGCCGGCCUUCCCAUGAAAGGUUGGGAGGCUGGAUGUCGGAAUCCAUUGAAAGUCGCAUCAAUAUAUGCCGCGUCAGAUAUAUACUGCAAUGAGCAAGAACGGGCGAUAGGCCUGGCUCAGUUGGCUGAACAAUGUGAGCAAUUUGUGAGCCAGGAGCUUCUAUCCAGGGAAGCAGUCGCCGAGCAUUUGACAGCGGAUGCAAUACGGAACAUGAGAACGAUCGAUUAUCAGGAGUUAUCAGGAACCGAACCAGUGAUCAUGCCAGUCCUUCUCUCCGCAUCUUACUUUGAGCUGAUGUUCAAGACAAUUACAUCUUGGGAGUUUGAAGUUUGGUCGCAUCAUGCAUUUGGCUAUAUUGGCUAUGCCUAUUGGGGUGGUAUACUGUUUAUGGGCAUGCUGUAUCGAUGGAGUAACUGGAUGUUCUACCGCCGGCAACGUCACACAGAGCGCGCGCUAGAAUCCAAUAUAUAUCCUUUGACGAGGAUGUUAGAAAAUACCCCGUGGGUGGGGACAGGGCUUCACUGGAUUGACACACAUCUGAUAGUUCCAUCUCCUCUGGCAACAACAAAGCGUCGAUAUCUGCUAGGCUGCACAUUCCCAACGAGAGCCGAGGCACUCAUAGUCAUGGGAUUUUGGAUGAUCAGUAUCGUACUGAGUGUUGUGGGCUACGAAAUCUUCCCUGGAAACAUCUACUGGCCCGAUAUCCCAAGUCAGAUCUUGCGUUACUCAGCAGAUCGCACUGGAAUCAUGUCGUUCGCGAAUUUUCCCCUUCUGUGGCUUUUUGGCGGACGGAAUAAUAUCUUCCAGUGGGCGACCGGGUGGAGCUUUGCGUCGUUUAAUAUAUUCCAUCGCCAUGUUGCGCGGAUUGCGACUUUACAGGCAGUCGUGCAUUCUAUCCUCUACUUCUUCAUGUUCAUCCAAACGGGCAAAGCCUGGAAGGGUAUUUCGAAAACGUAUGUUUUGUGGGGUAUCUUAGGCACGUUGAUCAUGGUUUUGUUGUUGAUCACCUCAUUGGAUCGGAUCCGAAUUGCGACAUAUGAGCUAUUUCUGAUCGCCCAUGUCGUGCUUUCGAUUAUCACCCUGGUAGCGUGCUUUUACCACACAGUGAUAUUCGAAGGGAACGCGUACUGGCAGUACCUCUGGCCUUCGGUAGCUAUAUGGGUCGUCGAUCGAUUUCUUCGAAUCGUACGGCUAUGUUACUGCAACCUUCACGUGAAGAAGUCAAACGAAAGUCUGGUGAGCGGCUCUCUGAGUCGCAUAUCCUACGACGUAGGAAGCGAUGUAGUGCGGUUGGAGGUCACGCAGGGCAUGCCUUCCUUACAACCGUCCCCAGGACAGUACUACUUUUUAUACCAGCCCUUUCGGCUCGCUGGCUGGGAGAGCCAUCCUUUCACCAUUGGAGCUUGGUCUUACGAGUUAGGGGAUAGCACAUCUUUGACAUCAACUUCGACCAAGCUGGUCAAACAACUUGACAUUUCGCAUGUGCCGCUGCUUGCAGCCGAACCCUCCGACAGAGACUACCAAGGCUUCCCAAAGGAUGGCCCCUCGGGCCAGAAAGGACUUAUGAAGCUCAAAUUGACUUUCUGGAUCCGCCCCUAUGACGGUUGGACCCAAAGGUUGCGACAACAAUGUUUGAGUUCACCAGCCGAGAUAACUGAGACAACCAUCCUCCUUGAAGGCCCAUAUGGAGAAACAUUCCCACUAUGGAGGUAUGAAUCAGUGUUGAUUGUCGUGGGUGGGACGGGAAUUGCGUCGGCGGUGCCAUAUAUUCAGGAUCAUCUACGCCGGUCUGUCGAAGGAUGGGACGAUAACCCCGAAAAUGAGAAAACAAGAGUCCGAGAAAUGGAGCUUGUUUGGACCACGAGACAAGCAGCGUUUAUCCUAGAUGUUUCCAGCCGGGAACUAAAGCCCGCGCUGGGACGGGAUGACUUCCGUGCGUCCUUUUACGCUACUCGUGAUCCCAUUGUAUGCUCCGACGAUCUUCGCGAUGUUGGAUAUGAGAUCCAGUCAGGCCGGCCUCACCUUCAAUCCUUGAUCAUGACGCGGGCUUCCGAUGCGUGCUCAGCUGGUUCGAACCUUGCGAUUCUCGUCUGUGGCCCACCUGAAAUGGCAAAUGAGGCACGCGCCGCGACACAUGAUGCAAUGCGGCAAGGCUACCGCUCUAUUAAAUUUGUGGAAGAGUGUUUUACAUGGUAG